AUGUGCCACGAUCAUUUUUACAUCGAACUCGGCCCCCUGAUCAAUUUUGUUGUUGGGAAGAACGGUUCAGGAAAGAGUGCAGUUCUCACCGCGAUAACCCUCUGUUUAGGUGGUAAGGCUUCGGCCACCAACCGGGGGCAAAGUCUGAAAAGUUUUAUCAAGGAAGGCAAGGAGAACGCGACCAUCGUGGUGCGUAUCAAAAACCAAGGUGAUGGUGCUUACAUGCCAGAUGAUUACGGUAAAUCAAUCAUCAUCGAGCGCUAUUUCUCUAGGAAUGGCACCAGUGGGUUCAAAAUCAAGUCUGAAAGUGGCCGGAUCAUCUCUACCAAGAAGGCGGAGCUGGAUUCCAUUAUCGACUAUUUUACCCUGCAAUUUGACAAUCCAAUGAAUGUUCUUUCACAGGAUAUGGCUCGUCAAUUUCUUAGUUCCUCUAGUCCUGGUGACAAAUACAAAUUCUUUGUGAAGGGAGUCCAACUGGAACAACUUGACCAAGACUACCGCCUGAUCGAAGAAUCUGGAGACCAAAUCGAGGCAAAGCUAAAAAGCAGGGUGCAAGAUAUCACAAUUUUGAAGAGUCGUCAGGACGCAGCCAAGCGGAAACUAGACAUAUCUGAACAACAUGAGUCUCUACGCAAUCGCAUUCGAAGCAUUCGAAACCAGAUGGCCUGGGCUCAAGUAGAAGAACAAGAACGGAUUCAGGAUUCGUUGAGAACGGAAAUGGCCAGAGCAGACGAGGGUAUAGCUGCUGCUGAAGCAGGUCUCGACAAUUAUGAUCAUCGCAUACAGGAGACUGAGAGAGAAACCGAAGUUGCAACUGAAUAUGUUCGGCAGGCUACCUCCAAGCUCGAGAACUGUCAGAGAGAUAAGGAGGAGAUCAAGUCAAGAAUGGAUGGCCAAUUGACUGAACGCCAUGAUUUACAGGCUGAACAACGCAAAAUCAGAGAGUAUCUAAAGGCUGCGGAGGCUAGAAUAACUGAAACUCGGAAGAAGCUUGCAGAUGAGCACCAGCGCUUAGCGGAUAUGAGUGGGCAAAAUUUCACCAGAAAGCAAGAGGAACUUGAGCGAGCGAAAGCUGACGCAGAUGAUGCCCGUGCUCGAUGUAAGGAACAUGAAGCUGAGAGAAACCGCUUAUAUGAGAGAAUAGGUGAGGCUGAAAAGGAGGUAAAACUCGCUGCUGCCCCUCUUAAUAAAAUCAGGACCGACAUUGAGCAAGCACAAUCGGUUUUACAAAACUUGAACAGAGAGGGCGGUGCGAGAAACUCUGGCUUCCACGAAAGAAUGCCAGCUCUCACCAGAGCCAUUCAACAAGAAGAAUCUUUCAGCAGAAAGCCUGUGGGUCCGAUUGGGCAUUUCGUCAGCUUGAUGAAGCCAGAAUGGUCCUCUAUCUUGGAGAAUUCGUUCGGCACAACACUCAGCAGCUUCAUUGUGACCACGAAAAGGGACAUGAACAUUUUGUCAGACAUUAUGCAGAGAACCAACUGUAUCGACAAUGAUCUGGUCCGCCGACAACUAAUCAUCAAUCAUGGGAUUGAACAGAUGCUACUGAUAGAAAACCUGGAAGAGGCAUCCUCUGUUCUUUUUGAUGGGCAAAGACCUCAAAAUGUGAAGAGAUGUUAUUGCAUCGACCCCACCAACAGGCGACGAGGGUUUCAUCUUUCUUACAGCCGUACUGGCGAGCCCAGCCAAACGCCAGUGCCAGCCUACAAUGGGAGUCCCCGAAUGAAAUCCGACCUUGCCUCACAGAUCAGUAUGCAGAAAGAGAUACUUGCAGAUUUAAGGAAAACCCUCAGUGAUCAAGAGCAGUUACUUCGAUCCGCUCGGUCUAAUCUCGAAAGCUGUAAACAAGUGCGUGUGAGACAUGACAGAAAAAGUAGCGAACUACGUGUCGCAGUACAGAGAGCGGAGGAUCUUAUUGAGGAACUCACCGAGGCAGUCGACAAAGAGGCUGUGGGAGACGGACACCUUGAUGUGCUUCGAACUACCUUGGCAGAAGCUGAAGAAGAGAAACGCUUGAACGAAGGGUCCCUGAACGACGGCAUUGAGGCAAUGGACGCCAUGAUGAGAACACUCAAGGCGACUAAACAAGAACUUUCGGCCAAACUGAAAGAGGUUUCCGCUAUGGAUGAAGAGCUCAAGCUGGCUCAAAACGAAGCACAAAUGACCAUGGAUAAUCACCGAAGAUCAAUUCGCGAGAAGAACACGGCAAUCGAACGUAUCAAUGAUAUCAAACAAGACAGAGCACAAAUACAUCAGAGACUGCAAGAGAUCGCUGCACGCAUUGUUGACUUCAGCGAGAAAGCCAGUUUAGUCUCACCGCGAGUUGCAAUAGCUGAGGGUGAAACAGCUACCAGUCUGGACAAGAAGCUCGAUAGGCUUCAUACAGAUCUUAAGCGCUAUAAUCAAGAGCUAGGAGCAAGUCGCGAGGAACUCGCAGCCCAGGCCUCGAAGGCUAAAGAGAACUAUGAACGGGCUUUGAAACAAGUCCUAAAAACAACCCUCGAUCAUCGCAAGAAACGCUGGCGGAUUUUCAGGUCGCAUAUAUCCUCGCGCGCGAAGGUUGAGCCUGACAUUACGAAAGACAGUAUAGGCCGUGGUGCAAAGACUCUUUCGGGUGGUGAGAAAUCAUUCUCCCAGGUAUGCCUGCUUUUGGCACUGUGGGAGGCUAUGGGGUCCCCAAUCCGAUGCUUGGACGAGUUUGAUGUGUACAUGGAUCAUAUCAAUAGGAAAAUGGCCAUUGACAUGCUAAUGCUCGCGGCGAGGCGGUCAAUUGGUCGGCAGUUCAUACUGAUAACGCCCGGAUCCAGGGCCGAGAUAAGCCUGGCGCCAGAUGUUCGCGUGAAGGAUGAUGCGAACUCAGAUGCGAAGUGGAAGGAACAAUUAAAUGUUCCUGCUAAGGAUGCAAGACCACAAACUGAGGAUGUGACUGCUACCAAAGGCUUAGAGUUCGAAGAUUUUUACAUCAAACGUGAACUUAUGAUGGGCAUCUUCGAAGCUGGUUUUGAGAAACCGUCUCCCAUUCAAGAAGAAACGAUACCUGUCGCCCUCACCGGUCGAGACAUCUUAGCGCGGGCCAAAAAUGGCACGGGCAAAACAGCUGCUUUUGUCAUACCAACCCUAGAACGCAUCAAUCCCAAAAGCACGAAAACCCAGGCUCUUAUUCUGGUUCCUACAAGAGAAUUGGCACUUCAGACUUCCCACGUCUGUAAGACUCUGGGGAAACAUCUUGGCAUCAACGUUAUGGUCACUACAGGCGGGACAGGGUUGAUGGAUGACAUCAUCAGACUAAACGACGCUGUCCAUAUUCUCGUCGGAACGCCUGGAAGAGUGUUGGACUUAGCGAGCAAAGGCGUUGCUGACCUCUCUGAAUGUCCGACAUUUGUAAUGGACGAGGCUGACAAAUUGCUGUCUCCUGAAUUCACUCCGGUCAUUGAACAGCUGUUGUCCUUCCACCCAAAGGAUCGUCAAGUGAUGCUCUUCAGUGCCACAUUUCCACUGAUUGUAAAGUCUUUCAAGUUACAGAUCAACCAGUCAAUUAUCUUCUGCAAUUCCACCAAUCGCGUGGAAUUGCUCGCAAAGAAGAUCACCGAGUUGGGAUACUCAUGUUUCUAUUCACACGCAAGGAUGCUUCAACAACAUCGAAACCGAGUAUUCCAUGACUUUCGCAACGGCGUCUGCCGCAAUCUCGUCUGCUCUGAUUUGUUGACUCGUGGGAUUGAUAUCCAAGCCGUCAACGUUGUCAUCAAUUUUGAUUUCCCCAAGAAUGCUGAAACUUAUCUUCAUCGGAUUGGCCGGUCAGGUCGCUUCGGACAUCUUGGACUUGCUAUCAAUCUCAUUAACUGGGAUGAUCGCUUCAACUUGUAUAAAAUUGAGCAGGAAUUAGGAACGGAGAUCCAACCUAUCCCGCAAAACAUUGACAAGAAACUUUACGUUUACGACUCCCCAGACACUAUUCCGCGCCCUAUCGCGAACCCGUCACAACCCCUGAUUGCUGCCGCCGCAGCGAAUGCUACCACCGCAGAUCGUCGUCCUGUUCAUCAUGCGAACGGUGGGCAUUAUCAAUUUCACCGUGGACGAGGUUCAUACCGCGGGGGUCGGGGACAAGGCCAACGUCGCAGUAUUCAUAACGACGCAAAGCAGUUCAGCUCUUCUCAAGGCCAAACAAGCGGCAAACCUCAUACUACGCCGGUGUCAUAA